AUGCGGGCGCCGCGCGCGACGGCGACGGCGACGGCGACGACGGCGGCGCGCGCGACGAUUCGCGCGACGACGCGCGCGCGCGCGACGGCGCGCGCGACGGCGGGCGCGGUGCUGCGCAUCGCGACGCUCGGGGACGGCGACGACGCGGUCGCGCUCGUCAGCGACGCGACGGGGACGCUGCGCGCGGUGCGCGGGAAUGAGAGCGACGCGCGCGCGUGCGCGCUGCGAGGGCUGGGCGCGAGCGCGGCGACGCGAGGACCGUUUUGGUCGAUGGCGAGCGCGGGCGCGGCGAACGCGAACGGGACGGCGCGCGCGCUGGUCGGGACGAGCGGGAAGCACCUCGCGACGUGCGUCGUGGACGCGCGCGACGGCAGAGAGACGAUUGAGGUGCGCGCGGAGGGCGACGCGCUCGGGCCGCACACGGGGUACGUGCGGGACGUGGCGACGACGCGAGACGGGCGAACGGCGUGGAGCUGCGCGUGCAACUUCGCGCCGAAGUGGACGCGCGGCGAAGACGGGACGUGGACGGCGGCGGCGGCGCGCGAGACGCUGCGGUUGUUCACGGGCGAUAUACUGCGCCUGUGCGUGCUCGAGGAUGGCGAUGACGUCACCGUGUUCUGCGGCGUCGCCGACGGGACGGUGCGGGCGUUCGACGCGUCGACGACGACGCCGCGGGAUUUGGGCGCGGUCGGCGGCGACGCGAGCGCGACGAGAGGUCGAGUAUCGGCGCUGUGCGUCGUCGAUGGACGUUGGUUGGUCUCGGGGAGUCACGACGGGCGCGUGCUCGUGCACGACGCGCGAACGCCGUCGUCGCCCGCCGUCGCCGAGAUUGAACGUCUGGACGGCAAAGUGCACGACAUCUUAGCGCUCGACGACGGACGCGUGCUCGUCGCGGGUGAAUUCGGGAUCGAGGUGUUCGAAAAUGCGCCCGAACUCGCGCCGUUGCGCGGCGAUGAGGACGACGAGGAAAUGUUUGGGCGGUUUCGCUCGCUCGCGAUUCGCGCGCUCGCAAAGACUUCGUCUCGACUCUUCGUCGGCGCGGCGUCGGGAGAAGUGACGGCGAUCAGACUCGACCGCGAACGUAGAUCUAGAUCUAGAUAG